UACGAUUAUGUGAUUGCUUAGUAGCACUUUAUUACAAGUAUUAUUAAAAUGUGUUCAGUCUUGAAAAAGUAUACGGGUAAAGUUGCAAUAGUGACUGGUGCUUCUUCUGGCAUUGGAAAAGCUAUAACGGAAUAUUUAGUUAAAAAUGGAGUGAUCGUUGCGGGUGUUGCUAGAAGACUAGAAAAAAUAGAAGAACAUGCUAAACAAUUAGAAAAAUAUUCGGGUAAGCUACAUCCCUUUAAACUUGAUCUUACUAAGCCAGAAGAAAUAGUGAACGUUUUUACAAAGAUCGCAAAACAGUUAGGACCCAUAGUUAUACUUAUAAAUAAUGCUGGCCUUGCUCAAGGAGGUAACAUUAUUGACGGAGAUUUUGAAAAAUGGAAACUAACUUUAGACACUAAUGUCUUAGCAUUGGCAAUAUGUUCUAGAGAAGCCAUCAAAAAUAUGAAAGAAAAUAAUACUAAAGGCAUAAUUAUUAAUAUCAAUAGCAUGUUCGGACAUCAAAUUUUUGACAUUCCUUUUUUAAACGUAUACCAGGCUUCCAAAUAUGCAGUUACUGCCUUAACUGAAACUCUGCGGUUAGAAAUUAACAGAGAAAAAUUACCAUUAAAGAUUACAAGUCUCAGUCCUGGGUAUGUAAAAACUGAAUUUACCGAACUUGCUUUGGGACGGGAACUUGCCCAAAAAACAACUGAUUCUGGACUGAGACCUGGACUUAAUGCUGAUGAUGUAGCAGAAGCAGUUAUUUAUAUUUUAUCCACUCCAGAUCAUGUAAAUGUUAAAGAACUAACCAUUUGCGUCCAAGGUUACAUAGGUUAAGGUCCAAAAGUUUAUUAAAAUUUUAAAUUAGUAGUAUUGUAAGAUUUUUAAAAGUAGUAUCUUAGGUUUUAAAAAGAAAAAAUAUGUUAAAAAAUUGUCUUAUAAUAAAUGUAUAUUAUAGAAAAA